UAGACAAGUGUCAUCAAUAAUUUGGCACUUUAGUGUAUCAUAGUUAAAAUUUAAAUAUUCAGCGUAAAACUGUCAAGUUUGCACCAUCAUCAGGUAAAAACUCUGCACUACAUUUGAAUUUAAAUCUGCCACCGCCAUUGUCUAAGAGGCACCCUAUGAAGUUAGCUGGUAUAUUACGAUGUAUUAAUGUCGUUGUGAACCUGUAUGUGUGUAUUUGUUAGCGGCUCAGUCCUCUCGGUCUGCCUGGCAACCGCAUUUGUUGCCUUUUUCAAACAUGAAGUGGGAGUGGAGUAAGACUCUGGUAGGGGGUGACUUGCUCUUUAAUGACCCCUUGGUUGUCCCACAUAAAAAGCUGAGGAAGGUCAGUACUUUUCCUUUUUGCACCACUUUUUUGUAUUUAGCAAGAUUGUUAAAUAAAAACAAACCAGCAGGCUGGUUGCCUGGCAACAGUCAGCAUGCAACCUGCAUUGUUUUCCUUGUUUCCAUGGUAUUAUAGUUGUGAUCUGCUGGGGAGAUGAUUUGCCCUUUGAUCUGAUGACAUCAUAAACCACGGAACUUUACUGCACUCAUUUGCAUAACACUGACACAGACCAAGCUUAACUAGUGAGACCAGACCUAUGCAGUGUGACAGAUCGGCUGAUUUCAAAAUGCCUCAGGAAACAACUUCUGUUAAGCCAUACCAGGUAAAAGAGGGAACUCUUUUAAAGUUUGUUUUUAACCAAUCACAAGAAAUUGAUGAUCUUAAAGAGAAUGCACGUAAAAAGGAGAUUCAAUUCAAAAACCUCAAAAAACAAUUUGAAGAAGCACAAAGUCAAUAUUCUGAUGUCCAACAGCAGAUGGAGUCAGAAUUAAAGAAAAAAGAUGACGAAUUUCAGACACUCCAUCAAGAAUUUGUGAAACUUCAAGAAAAGCUUGCUAUUGAGAGAAAGAAACAAGCUCGUUACAAGGAACUGAUUAUCCAAAUUAAUAAAGACAGCAGGUUAGUCAAAAAUAAGUUGGACAAGUGCUCAAACGUAACAGAUCAGCUUUUAGCAUGCCAUGAAAAAAUUGAAGAGCUUGAAGAUUUUCUGGCCUAUGAACGGGAACAGAAUGACAAGUUGAAGGAUUGUUUAUAUAAGCAAGAGGUGGAGAGCCAUAGUUUAGAAGAGAGAAACAUGGAUAGCUUACAGCAGGAAGAAGAGAUUAAAGAUGAUGUUAUAGCCAAAAUCUGUGUAAAAUAUGGGAUUAAUAAAAGCCUCAGGGUAGAUUUAAAAUCUACUGAGAAAUUAUUAGUAAAGGAAAGAGCUAAGAACAGAAAACAGCAAAUUGAGAUUGAUAAUCUGAGAAAGCAACUUCAAGAUUCCCAAUUUCAACGAGAAGCUUUUGACGACCAAAUCAAAUCUCUGCAGACACAGAAAGAGAAUGAAAUUUCUGGCUUGAUGAAAACUAUCCAAGAAUGUAAGAACCAGGAAAGUGAGCUAAAGGAUAACAUGAGAAAAUCUGGAAUCCAAACAAACAGUAUUAGAAAACUGUUGUUCAAAGUUAAUGAUUCAGUUGUGGACUUACAGAAGGAAAUUAAGGAACUGAAAGACUCCAAUGUGAAGUUAGUUAAGGAGAAGCGUGAGACAACGUUAGAGCUGGAGAAACUGAAAGACUCCAAUGUGAAGUUAGUUAAGGAGAAGCGUGAGACAACGAUAGAGCUGGAGAAACUGAAAGACUCCAAUGUGAAGUUAGUUAAGGAGAAGCGUGAGACAACGUUAGAGCUGGAGAAACUGAAUAACUCCAAUGUGAAGUUAGUUAAGGAGAAGCGUGAGACAACGUUAGAGCUGGAGACGGUGAAAGGUCAGCUGCUCCUAGCUUCUGAAGAUAAAAAGCAAAACACAGAACAGUUGAAAAAAGUAACAGCUGAGAAGGUAAUGUUUGCCAGCGAGCUGAAGGACUGUAAAACCCAGAUGGCAAGAGUAAAGGAAGUACAACUCAUAAACAGAGCGUUAGAAAACAAAAUAACACAACUUGAGAAGGAAAACAACAGGCUCAUUGAGGAGAAUAAGGCAAGUCAGAAAUUAUCUGAAAAGAGGCCUAGCGACCGUAGUUCAAAGAGUAGGGAAUUUAUCAUUUACAGACAUGUAGAACCUGAGAAAAUUGAUGCUAGAAAGACUAAUUUUCAGCCCUCAGUGUCAACACAACACAAAAUCAGCACCUUAAACCAAAAGCAGGACAAAAAUAAGACGUAUGACCCAGUUAUGCCACAAGAAAUGAAUAAAAUUGAACCGGUAAAGAGCCUUGGCAAGCCAAAGUGGAGAUAACGACCUAAUGAAAGUUAAGACUUUUGAAUCCUAGCGUCCUUAAACCUUAAAGCUUAAAACCGACCUCCAUAAACAGCCAGAGACAGGUGAGAUCGUGGGAGAACCCACCAUAUAUAGCAUAUAAUAGUCAAGUAUAACUUAGUUCCUGUAGAAAUACAAUAAUAUAAAAUUUACCUCCUUAGAGUUAUGUACUAAGCAUACUAGUCAAGUCAAUAUUUAUUUAUAUUGCACAUUUAAAAGGCAACACCCUUACCCCAAAGUGCUGCACAGCCAUUAUAGUAGUAGAAACAUAAAGUAGAAACUUAAAAGCCAGCGAGGCAUGAUAACAAAUUUAAACCACAGGAAACUGAAACAGAAUACAUAGCACAUCAUAGAACAUCAACGAUAAAUUGUAGGUUAAAAUGUAUAAAAUAAGAGCUGUAAGAGAAACCUGCAGCCACGUAAGCAAGCUGUCCCACAGGGUAGAAGUCACAUCGUGUGACGUAAUUUUUUUGGGGGGGGGGCCCCCACACACACACACACUUUUUCAAAAGGCAGUUUUGGUCACCUGCACUUUUUUCCAUCCAAAAACAAUAUUACGCUCCAUUAAAUGGAUUUGGUUGAGCACUAGGACCGAAACGGAAACCGGUUUCCUAUUAGACCCGCCCAAAAGCUAAUCUAUUGGCUCUGCUGAUACUUGCUGGCUGUUGCUGCUGUCACUCCAAGUUGUAAACAGUCGGAACGUGCUCACGUUGUUUUGCUAGUUUGGAGCCGCUAGGGAACACCGGUACUGAGUCACAUCGUCAACUAGACGCUGUGUAAUAUCAGAGCUCAGCUCAGCUUCCAUUAUAUAACAUUUGAAUAAGUGUUCAUUUGUGAGUCUUUGGUAGUUAGGCACAGCCGGGCGGCAGCAUGUCAAGAAAACGAAAAGUGGAUAUAAGAGACUUCUUUCAAAGUCAAAACGUAAGUUGGAACAUGUGACACCCCUGCAUUAAGCUCACUCACCUCCUCCUUCACAAACAUACUCAAAACUAACUUUUACAAACUCAUCUCCUCCACAUAACUGACUCCUCAGACACAAUUUAUUCGUAUUAUUAUUAUUAUUAUUACUAGUAGUAGUAGCAACACGAAGGUCGCAGGUUCGAAACUUGGCUGCGGCCUUUCUGCGUGGAGUUGCGUGUUCUCCCCAUGCAUGCGUGGGUUUUCCUCCGGGUACUCCGGUUUCCCCCACAGAUCACAACAUGCCCUAUAGGUUAAAAAAAUGUAAGUUGCUUUGGGUAAAAGCAUCUGCUAAGCACAUAAACAUAAACCUGCCCCCACUUACGUCUGCGGGAGGCUGAAAGGUUGAAUGUCAUCUUCUCCACCCAUCCAGAGUUGAUAGCAGUCCCAGCACUUGGUAAUUACUACCUUUA